ACAGUGUGACACCCGGCGGAUGUAAACAAAGAAGCAUGAGCAGGGUUUGCUUCACUGCUGUAUGGACUGAGCUAUAAAACGGCUGUAUUAUAGUAUGAAUGAGAAAUAUCAGGGCGAUAAAGUAACGAUGUGUUCAGUUGAGUAUCUGAGAGAGUUGAUCAGCGACAGACUAGCUGCUGCUGCUGGAGAAAUAUUCACAGAGUUUGAAAAAACCAUCGUCCAGUACCAGGAGGAGAUCGAUCGUCAGCGCAGACUGCUGGAUGUCAUCUGGAAACCACACAUCCCCUUACAACCCAUUGAGCUCCCACAGUCUUAUGUCUGUGAGAAUGAGAAGACUGUUGUUGACCAUCAGCCCCAUGACCAGGAGAGAAACUCCAUGGUGGACCAUGAGGACCCAGAGCCUCUACGGAUUAAAGAUCAGCAGGAGGAACUCUGCACCAGUCAGGACCAAUCAAACCCAGAGAUUUCUCAAAUUAAAAUGGAACAGGAAGAAUUGUGCACCAGUCUGCACCAAUUAGACCCAGGGUUACCACAAAUUAAAGUGGAACAGGAUGAACUCUGCUCCAGUCAGGAUGAAGAGUUAAUUGGAUUGAAACAGGAGACUGAUACCUUUGAGGUGACUCCUGCUGAUGAGGAAAGUGACCACAGUGAACCAAAACCAAACAGUGAUCAGCUCCUGUUUCACAUCUCUUGUGUAGCUGAGAGCCCAGAUCAGGAAGGAAGCAAGGAUGUAGACUCAGGAUCAACUAGAUGUAUCGAGCAGAAACCAAGACAUCAGAGUAACAACAGUCACAGUAAUGAUGUAGACAAUGCUCCAACAUCAGCGAGACAGUGUGAUAAUGACAAGGCAACAAAAUCUGCAACUUGCAAAGUCUGUGGAAAAGCUUUUUGUUGUAAAUCAGAUUUAAUCAAACAUCACAAAACCCACACAGGUGAGAAGCCAUAUUCUUGUGAAACCUGUGGAAAAAGCUUCAGUCAACGGGUCCAUUUGACUGUUCACAUGAGAUGUCACACAGGUGAGAAGCCGUAUGUUUGUGGAACCUGUGAAAAAAGCUUUAGUCAACGGACCUCUUUGACUGACCACAUGAGACUUCACACAGGUGAGAAGCCAUAUUCUUGUGGAACCUGUGGAAAAAGCUUCAGUAAACGGGUCCAUUUGACUGUUCACAUGAGAUGUCACACAGGUGAGAAGCCGUAUGUUUGUGGAACCUGUGAAAAAAGCUUCAGUCAACGGACCUCUUUGACUGACCACAUGAGAUGUCACACAGGUGAGAAACCAUAUGUUUGUCACAUUUGUGGAAAAAGAUUUUCUGGUUCAUCAGCACAUAAUAGGCACAUGGCAGUUCACAAAAUGGGAAAGCCAUAUUCUUGUGGAACCUGUGGAAAAAGCUUCAGUCAACAGACCUAUUUGACUGUCCACAUGAGAUGUCACACAGGUGAGAAGCCAUAUUCUGGUGGAACCUGUAGAAAAAGCUUCAACUGUAGUUAUCGAUUAAAAGCCCACAUGAGAAUCCACACAGCUGAAAAGUCCUGAUCCUGAAACAUCUGUGGAAAACAUAAUGUCAGAACUAAGGUUGAAACAACAUGGAAGAGUUGGUACAGGUUAAAAGUAAAUGUUUUAGAUUUAAAGCACCUUUAGUCUGUGCUUCAACAACAAUUGUGAGGAAGUAUGUAAGCAAUCCUUGAUGAUUAGACCAGAUGGAGUCUGGACUGUGGUGGUGGUGGAGCAGGCAGAAGAACCAAACUGAAUGUCUGGAUGGAUAUGGUAUUGGUACAGACUGCUACAUUUCUGCUAUCAUGACAUCCUUCAUCAGCAGAGCACUGAUUGGAGAUAAUGUGAAGCUGUUUGGAACAUUUUCACAUCCUGCUGAGAGAACAUGGCUGUUCAGGUGUGAACAUACUGCUGGAAUCCACUCAGCUUGAGUUCUGCUGUCUUUCAAGUAAAAGGAGGCAACGAGAUACAGAGACAUUGUGACAGUAGGACACAACAGAGUGUGUCACUGCAGCAGAGGAGAUCUGGACGUGAAAUAAAGUUGUAAUAAAACGUCUACAGCUCCAUGACUGCUUCAUGAAAUGUUUUGAAUGUUUUCAAACAGAUGAACAUUUACAAGUUGUUUCAUAAUUAAUGUAACAUUGAAGAUCCCCAGCAAGAAUAACUCUGAGUCAGAUAUCAAAGACAUAACCAACAUUAUUAUGUUUUCAAGCAACAGACACGUGGUUUUACUAGUAGUAGCUGAUACACUCCUGCAAAUGUCAAAACCAGAAAUGUUAAAAAACAGGUGAAGCUGUGCUGCAGUUUCUGCUGGUUACAUAAAGGUCUUAUGCUAUUUAUUUCUUCUAUUGUCACCACAUAGGUCAUCUGUGUGAUUUGUUAGUAGGAUCUCAUUGUGUCGUCAUACAGCACAUUGAACCCUUGUAUUGUCUGAACGUCCUGAACACUCCUCCUGUCCUCAGGGUCAAAAAUGACCUGCCUCCACUGAGCCUCUAAAAUAGAGCAGCUUAAUGGAAUUUUUCACCAAAAAUCUAUUUUACAUGAAGAAACAACCUGUCAUGCAUCACACACUUUGUGAAUGCCUGUUUUUGCUUCCUCAGAGGGUAGAAAGACUGUAUUUAAUCAGUGAACACCAUUCGUUUUUAUUCCAUUGUUCAUGCUGUAACUAUUUUCUUUCUUCAACCCUUUAAGCUUCAGUGUACCGCCGGCGGUACACUUACUAAUUUGCAUAGGAAUUUCAAGAAUGUCCGACGGCCGCAAACGCGCUUAUACAAACACUAUACACCGAUGGAAAGCUUAGAUUCUCAUGAAUCUGCCGGUAUAAACCACUUUCAGAUGCGAUUACCACAGCGGGUGAGAAAAACACAUUUGUCCGACAAAAACAAAUAUUCAUCCAUCCGUUCUCUAUACACGGCUUCAACGCACACAGCGCGACUCACAUUUCCGGGUUCAUUAUUAUACACAAAAAAAAAGAUUCCACAAAAAACGGCCAUAAUCCAACCUUUUACAUCCAGAUGACACAAGCCAGGAAACUAUUUUGUCCAAAACAUGUCCUGAAGUCGGUAUAAAAUCCCCGAAUCGGUCCUUUUCAAGGAAAUGCACCUCGCGAUGCCCGUCCAAUAUUCCCCGUAUUUUUCGUAAUUUUUUUAUUUAAAAAUAGAAUAUUAGCGAUUUUUUGUACUGAAAACGGCUGGAAUUGACUGAAGCUUAAAGGGUUAAGUAGAGGUUUAUUAUCACUAUUAUUGCUGCUAAAGGUACUGCAUAGGUGUAAACAUUUCUUGUUUUGCAGGAGAUAAUACUUCUAUAGCCUAAUAAAGUACCAGAAAUGUGCAGAAAUGAACUUGAAAUGCAUUUUUGAAGGGAAACAACAGUGUACUGUAUACUGUACAAUGGAAUAUAAAACUACAAAACUCAACUACCA